GCGGGAAGUGAAUGGUUUUACCCAUAGAGCCCUGCGCCGCCUUUCUCCGCUGGCACCGGCGCUGCUCCCUGCUCCUCCUCCCCGGCCAUGGCGUUCACGUUCGCGGCCUUCUGCUACAUGCUGGCGCUGCUGCUCACCGCCGCACUCAUCUUCUUCGCCAUUUGGCAUAUUAUAGCAUUUGAUGAGCUGAAGACCGAUUACAAGAAUCCUAUAGACCAGUGUAAUACCCUGAAUCCUCUUGUCCUUCCAGAGUACCUCAUCCAUGCUUUCUUCUGUGUCAUGUUUCUUUGUGCAGCAGAGUGGCUUACACUGGGUCUCAAUAUGCCCCUCUUGGCAUAUCAUAUUUGGAGGUAUAUGAGUAGACCAGUGAUGAGUGGACCAGGACUCUAUGACCCUACAACCAUCAUGAAUGCAGAUAUUCUAGCAUAUUGUCAGAAAGAAGGAUGGUGCAAAUUAGCUUUUUAUCUUCUAGCAUUUUUUUACUACCUAUAUGGCAUGAUCUAUGUUUUGGUGAGCUCUUAGAACAACACUCAGAAGAACUGGUCCAGUUAAGUGCAUGCAAAAAGCCACCAAACGAAGGGAUUCUAUCCAGCAAGAUCCUGUUUCCAAGAGUAGCCUAUGGAAUCUGAUCAGUUACUUUAAAAAAUGACUCCUUAUUUUUUAAAUGUUUCCACAUUUUUUGCUUGUGGAAAGACUGUUUUCAUAUGUUAUACUCGGAUAAAGAAUUUAAAUGGAAUUACGUAUAAAUUAAUAUAAAAUGAUACCUCUGGUGUUGACAGGUUUGAACUUGCACUCCUUAAGGAACAGCCGUAAUCCCUUGAAUGACUGCAUUAAUUAUUGACUAUCCUUAGUCCAUUGGAAGCUCUUGUUUAUAGAAGUUGUAGGGCUCAUUUUGGUUUUAUUGAAAUGCCAUUUAAUUAUAAAUUAGCUGUAGAUAUCAGGUGCUUCUGAUGACUUGAAAAUAUAUAUCUGACCUGUGGAAACUUCAUGGGUUUCCUCAGCUAUCAUGUAGGUGAUUAUAUAUGGAUGCAUUAAAAAAAUGAGUGGGAUUUUUUUCCCUUUGACUUGAAAUAUUACCCCUGUAUAUUGCAUGAAUGAGAGAUUUCCCAUAUUUCCACCAGAGUAAUAUACUUGCUUUAAUUCUUAAGCAUAAGUGAACAUGAUACAAAAAUAUAUGCUGACUUACUUGUGAAGAAUGCAUUUAAAGCUAUUUUAAAUGUGUUUUAAUUUGUGAGAUGUUACUUAUUAAGAAAUUGGUUAUUAUACUUAGUGUUCUAAUCUGGUGGUAAAGAUAUUCUUAAGAGUUUGCAAGUACUUUAGAUUUUCAAAACUGAAUGAGAGAGAACAUUGUAUAACCAUCCUGCUGUUCCUUUAGUGCAAUACAAUAAAACUCUGAAAUUAAGACUUAUUUUCAGUGCAUUGUUUUAAAGAUUACAAAUAGCUAUUCUUAAACUUGCUUAUUCCAAAUAAAGACAUAUCACUGUCAAUUUUUUAAAAAGAUAGUAGAGUAUUAAAUUUUUUUUUUAAAUACCAUGCUUGGAUCUAAAAAGGAAGAUUUUUAAAUGGUUAAGCAUAUUACCUUUUUUUGUCACUUGACAAGAUUCAUAAACACUGAUGGCACAGCAUCAUCAUUUUUUUUACCAAUUAAAAAAUUAUUGUGAAACUUAAAAUGUUUGAAAUUUUUUUUUUCCUUUUUGAAACAGCAUGUUUUAAGGUAAAAAGACUUAUAAGUUUGGUUUUUUUGCUGCUGCUUAUAAGGCAGGUAAAUUAUAAUUAUGGCUUGCAUGUUUCCGUAAGCAUUCUUGUGCUUUAUUUGGGCUGAGGAAGUUAAGGCAACUGAAAAUAGUUUAAGUGGUUCAAAGUUUCUUCAAGGAUCAAAGAAAGAAAACCAUAGGCAGAAAUUCCACAUAAUGAUCAAGGGAGGUAGGUUAUGGAUGUGUUUGUGGAAGUCUUACUCUAAGUACCCCUUGAAUUAGACGCUGCACUGUUUUAUUUUCUACUAGUGAAAAAAACGCCUCUCCAUCUUUGGGAGAGUGGCUGUUACUGUUUUGAGUUUGGGCAAUGGGGGUGAAUAUGUUGAAGAAGAGGAUGUAGAACUAGAAGAGUGAGGAGAGUCCAACCAUUUCAUAAUGAGAGACGCUUUAAAGACCUUGCCUUUUGUAGUCUGGAUCACGCUUCGAGGGAUCAUCAGUUCAUGCAGUAAAUUGUUUACUGAGCCCUUGCUAGGCACUGAAGACUCAUGAUCUGAGUAUAAGCAAUAAUUCAGUUUCUAAUCCACCCAGUUGUACCAGCUUGCACUCAUUUUUCUUUCUUGUUCACAAGAA